AUGAAUAAUAUGCAAAAUCAACAAGGUACUAUGAUUCCAAUCAAGAUUUGUACAGUUGGUGAUAAGAAAGUUGGAAAGACAUCCAUGAUUCAAUCCUACACUCAAACUCCUAGAGAAUUGAAUUUGGAUCCUCAUUACAAGAGACCAUAUAGACCAACAGUGUAUGAUUUCAGCUUUUCUACUGUCAAGUUACCAGUUUCCAUUCCACAAAGUUAUACCAAAUCGAAAUAUUCAUCUGCCUCUUCUAAUAAUUCUCAAAGUUUGAAAGAAAUUGUUUUCAAUUUGAACUUUUCUGAUUGUUCCUCUCUGAAUUGUUAUACACCAAUGAGAUUGUUGAGCUAUGACCAAUGUGAUAUCUUCUUUGUUUGUUUUAGAUUAGAUAAGGCACAAUCAUUUUACAAUGCAAUUGAUCAAUGGUGUCCAGAAACAAGAUUUGAUCAACUCAUCAAUUCUCCAACAAAUAGUAACAAUGAAGAUGAUAUCUUCUUUGGUCAAACAUGCACUAGUCGCUCACUCUCUCCUGAAAUUUUAUGUGGAGAAAUGAUUGAUAUUGUUGAGAGCGAGCAAUUUUCUCUAAAAUCUAAAAGUAGAAAGAGUCUUACCAAUGUCAAUAGUAAACCAAGAUCAAAGACCUACUCAUACAGAAGAAAUUAUUCAAAUCCAUUCAUGAAGAGAAAGAGAAUUCCAGUACAAUUCAAUGAUAAUAAUCAAGAAGACGUAGAAAUACCAGUACUUGGAGACUCAAUGCUUGAUAGUUGUUUGAGCUUUGUUGAAUGUGGAGCUGAAAGAGAAGUAACAUGGGAUAUGAUUGAAUCUGGUAGAAGACAAUUAGAUGAGCUAGGAAUUGAUCAUGUAUACUAUGAAUGUCCAUUCAAUAAUCAAAAGAGUGUUCAGUUUAUCAUUGAAGAAUGUGUAAGAGAAUUUUACAAAUGUAAAUUAUCUCAAAAUUCCUCAGAUGUCACUCAAUCGGCUUCUCUUUUGGAAAAAUUAAAGAGAGUUUCACUGUAA